AUGUUUUUCUCUGUUUGUCUGUGGCGACUGCUGCGACGACAGCAUAGUUCGUCUCAAACCGAUGGUUCAACGAAGAAAAUCAGAUGUGGAACAUGUUUGAAUUUAACUUUGACGACAAUGUCUUACCAAAAAAACAACAGUGCCACACUUCUGCAAUCAAGUGAUCUCACAACAUUGAGCAUUCUUCAAGUUAGCAAGCACACUUCAACACUUGAGAACAUGAUUGCUCAUCCUGCCGACACAACACCAACUAUCACCAUUACUACAACUGCCACAUCGGAAAUCACAACCAUAAUAAAUACAAUGAGCAGUAAGUGA